ACUUCAAAUUUCCGCUUUUUUGACCAGAAGUUGGUGUUUUCUGAGGGGACGAGGCUUCAGCGUCUUUCUAAGCAGUACUUAAAUCGUAUCUGACAGGUUAUGGCGCGACUGUUUCUGAGGGGAAACUUGCAGAGGUGCAUAGCCACCCAGAUCAGGCUGUCGUCUGACCAGCUUGGUGAGCUGGGCAAAGGAGCGGGGAGAGGUGGAGGAGGCGGAGGAUAUGUGAGGUCAGCAGGGGGUGCGUUUGGAAAGCGGGAAGCAGCAGAAGAGGAGCGAUACUUUAGGGAGAGGGAAAGAGAGCAGUUGGAGGCCCUGAGGAAGCAUCAUGCAGAGGAGAUUGAACAUCACAAGAAGGAGAUUGAACGCCUACAAAAAGAAAUUGACCGCCACAAGGGCAAAAUCAGAAAGCUGUCACAUGAUGAUUGAGUCAGAGGGGCCUGCUGUCAUUUAUUACCUGAAUAUCACUAGUUUCCUCUGCUGUUGGAGGCAGAUCAUGUGGUCGUGAUGUUAUAUUGACCUCUUUGUAAGGGCUGAAACAAUAAAGUGAUUCAUCUUCCUGAAAUGUA